AUGAUUAUUGAUAUUCAUUUAGAAGUGCUAGACGAAUGUCAGAAAGGGGACACGAAACUCGUUCAAGAGGACUUUUUUGAAAUUUUGGUUCAAGAAUUUAUGGGAUCUGAAUUUAUAAAACAAGAAAAGGUUCCUAAGGAUGAUGUCCUUGUGGAACAGGUUCCAAGUUCAGAUUUCGGGUUUAGGGAAGAAGACUUUGUUUCUAAGGAAGAUGUUCCUAUGGAACAAGUUUCUAUGUUUGAUGGUCUUAAGGAAGGUAUUCCUGAGGAAGAGGUUCCAAGUUCAGAUUCCGGGUUUAGGGAGGAAAGACUUUGUUCCUAA